UAUUAUGUCAUUUAUCUCGGUGAACGUUACUUGCGCGCAUCCAUGCACAAUCUGUAGCGUUUAGAGACCCCAGCGACCAAACGAACUAUAGCGAGGCAAAUACAGUGCCCGCCGGCCCGGGACGUAGAACGCGCGCAGGAGCAUGUCCGCCAUUAAAGCCACGGCCGAGGACGCCGCUUCGUCCGCCAAGGCCGGCGUCGCCAAGGCCAAGGCCACCGCUGACGAGAAGGUUGAGAAGGCCAAGACGAGAGAUCCGUUGAAGAAGCGGGAGGUCGAGGAGGACAAGGAGGACCGUAAGCUGCAGAUCGAGUCCGACGAGCGGGUCGAGAAGGCCGCCCACGGCCCCGAGAGGACCGUGGCGCACACGGCCGGUGAGCGGUGAUCGAUCGGACCUUAGAAUGUUGUUUGGUUCAAGAACAGUUUAUCUUCUUUCUCCUUACUUUUUUUUAGUUUGUGGAUGAAAUGGAAUGAGUUUAUAUGUUACAACUUUAUUUUUUUAAUUAGUUAAUAAAAACAUAAAAAAUAUGGUCAUCUCAUCAAAUUUAAGACAUGAAUUUAUGAUGUGCUAUCUUAUUUUAUAUGAAAUAAUUCCUUAAAUCAAACACCCUUUUAAUUGCCGCGCAAAACAUUGUUUGUACUAUACACUUUACUAUUUGCGGAGUAUGUUUUGAAUGGUCCAAUUUACUUGUGUUUUGCACUGUUUUGUUUUUAGAGUGUGUUUUACAACGUAAAUUGUAUUAUAUAUUGGUUACAAUGUGGAGUUUAAAGUAAAGGUUAUAGUGUGGAGUUCAAAAUAGUGGCUAAGACAUAAAUGUGAUACGAAGAAUGCUGGAGAUAGCUUAGCGUGUGUGUUCUUACACUCUACAGUUUGUAGAGUUUUUUUUUUCACUCUACUGUUGUACGUAAACUGUAUUGUUUGGACUAUGGAAUUUAAAAUAAAGAUUGCGGAAUGGAGUUGGAAUGGA